UGGGGGUUCCUCCGGGGCUCGCCACAGCCCGGCGCCGGGGUCUCUGCAGCCCGGCGUGCGGGCGGCUGCCGUGGCCGGGGUGGGGGUGGGGGUGGGGGACUGUCGCCUCCGCCUCCGCCUCUUCCUCAGCGGGCGGCUCUCGGGUCGCGGCGGCGGCGGCGGCUGCUGCGGGGAGGGAGCCCGGAGCGGAGGGAUGUGGGGCUUUGGGGGAGGCAGGAUCUUCGGGCUCUUCUCCGCUCCCGUCCUGGUGGCCGUGGUCUGCUGCGCCCAGAGCGUGAACGAUCCGGGGAACAUGUCCUUCGUGAAAGAAACUGUGGAUAAAUUGUUGAAGGGCUACGACAUUCGCCUCCGGCCGGAUUUUGGAGGGCCUCCUGUGUGCGUGGGGAUGAACAUAGACAUUGCCAGUAUCGACAUGGUUUCCGAAGUCAACAUGGAUUAUACCUUAACAAUGUAUUUUCAACAAUACUGGAGAGAUAAGAGACUAGCCUAUGCUGGGAUACCUCUCAACCUUACGCUUGAUAAUCGAGUGGCAGAUCAACUCUGGGUGCCCGACACUUACUUUUUAAAUGACAAGAAGUCAUUUGUGCAUGGAGUUACAGUGAAAAAUCGAAUGAUUCGCCUUCAUCCAGAUGGAACAGUGCUGUAUGGUCUCAGAAUCACAACUACUGCAGCUUGUAUGAUGGAUCUGAGAAGAUACCCAUUAGAUGAACAAAACUGUACUCUGGAAAUAGAGAGCUAUGGUUAUACAACAGAUGACAUAGAGUUUUACUGGAGAGGUGGAGAUAAUGCAGUCACAGGCGUAGAGAGGAUCGAGCUUCCACAGUUCUCCAUUGUGGAAUACAGACUGGUGUCAAAGAAUGUUGUCUUCGCCACAGGUGCAUAUCCAAGACUCUCACUGAGUUUUAAGUUAAAGAGAAAUAUUGGAUACUUUAUUCUUCAGACCUACAUGCCCUCUAUACUGAUUACCAUUUUAUCGUGGGUGUCAUUCUGGAUCAAUUAUGAUGCAUCAGCAGCAAGAGUUGCCCUUGGAAUUACAACUGUGCUGACUAUGACAACAAUCAACACUCAUCUUCGGGAGACUUUGCCUAAAAUUCCCUAUGUUAAAGCCAUUGACAUGUAUCUUAUGGGCUGCUUUGUAUUUGUUUUCUUGGCCUUACUUGAAUACGCCUUUGUCAAUUACAUCUUCUUUGGAAAAGGCCCUCAAAGACAGAAGAAACUUGCAGAAAAGAUGGCAAAGACAAACACCGAUCGCUCAAAAUUUGAAGGCAACCGGGUGGAUGCCCAUGGAAACAUUUUGCUAACAUCUCUUGAAAUUCACAAUGAAGUGGCAAGCCAUGAGGUUACAACCAGCAUUACUGAUGCUAGGAAUUCAACAAUAUCCUUUGACAACUCAGGAAUCCAGUACAGAAAACAAAGCACGAAUCGGGAAAGCUUUGGAAGGCGUACAAUGGACAGAACAGUGCCCCACAGCAAGAAGAGCCAUUUACGGAGGAGGUCUUCACAGCUAAAAAUAAAAAUCCCUGAUCUAACAGAUGUGAAUGCCAUAGACAGAUGGUCGCGGGUGGUGUUUCCCUUCACGUUUUCUCUUUUCAACUUAAUUUAUUGGUUAUAUUAUGUUAACUGAGUGACUGUACUUUUCUAAAAGACUUCAAUAAUAAUACAUGAGAUAUUGCUCUGCCUGUCAAGUUUAUGUAUAAUAUGAACUUUUAUUAUAUAUAAAAUACACAUGUAUGUGUGUAUACAUAUAGUGAAAGUGUGUGUAUAUAUAGACACAUGCACAGAAGUGUACUCUCUAUAUAUACACACAUGUGCACACACACAUUCUGAGGUUAUGGACAAUUCAAUAUAGAAUGCACAUCAAAAGAACUUUUUUUAAAUUGAAAGACAGGUGUCCUCAAAACAGUAAGCCUUGAGAAAAUUGAGUAUUGUAUAAUCUCACUUUGACUGUCAUAGAAAUUUUCAAACAGUUAUAAUCAUAUAUCAAGUCAGUAUUCAUAAACAUUGCUUGUAAAAGCUGACAGACAUUGAACAUAAACUGACACCUUUCCAUUGGUGAGUUUAAAAUGUCAUUUUUAUUACAUAGCAAUGUUACUUUCAUCAAGCCAAAUUAAUUUUCCUUGCUAAUAAUUCUAGUUUUUAUAUGUUGUAAUAGAUUUUUUUCCUGUCAAUUUUCAGUGAUCGCUUGCUUUCUCUUCUGCAGUAAGUCUAAUCAUAGGACGAGUGUUGCUUUAAUGUUUUGAAGAAAUUCAUAAAUAUUUCCAAACAUCCGUCUUAAAUAUUCAUCAGCAAUGAAAGGAAUUUUUUGUAAGUACCAAAAUGUACAGUGCAAUUUUUUUCACUUGGACUGGUUCCAGCUAAUAUGUCAUUCUGAAAAACAAGCACCUUUUUAGUGUAAUUUAGCUAAAAAUUCAACCACUGCCAGUGUUCUGCAUCUGCUAUAGAUUUUAAAGGUAAUUAUUCUAGUGAAAGCAUAAAGACAUCUCAGGUUAUUUGCUAAUUCAACAUGAAACCAUCAAGCUAUAUUCUUUAUUAAACAUGCAUUCACAUGAUCAAACAUUCUUAUAACAUUGUAUGUUAAUGUAAAAUAUAUUUGCAUAAUAUGCAUAUAUAUGUAUAUUUUAUCAACUUUUUCUUUUUGUGCUUGAUAUUGUGACUGCAUGCUAUGUCAUAUUUUUGUUUCUGUGAUGUUACAACUUUUUAUUAUCUAGACUUAAGCAAAUAGAGCAUUUCUAAUAUUUCAACAAUAGCAUUUUCAUAUUUUAUUUUAUACAUAUAGCAUAUACACAAACUCAUACAGCUAGUAUGUUCCAGUCACAGAUCAUAUCAUAAAAUGAUAGCAAACAGUAGGUCUUGUUUCAGCAUUAAACAUGAUGUGGCCACUUUUGUUUUCAUUCCACUUCAUUCCCUCAUCAGUAUCCAGACUUUUUCACUCUAAUAGGUUCUAGUAGUAAAGAUAUACCAGUUUCAGAACUGUAAACUUAAUUUACUAUUAACAGAACUAGAUCUUUCUAAAGAAAAAAAAUGAUAUAUUUUUUGUAAACACUUUUUUUAAUCACAUACAUUCAUAAAUAGAACCAAAUACAGUAGUAGACAUAGAUCGAAAAAACCAUUAAGAGCUGGGUCUUGCCAGCUCUCUGCCUACAGAAUUCCUAUUGAUGUCAAUAGGAACUUGGCAGGUGUUGUUUCCAGUUUGGAGUGCUACUGAUGGGCAUUAGUGGAGGGUAAACAUGUGGAUAUGCAACUGCCAACUAAGCAAGAUAAGAUGAAUCUAAAAAGUUUGCCUUUGAUCUAAAAUAUCCCAUAUUUUCAAAAUAUCUGAGUUGGUUUGUAAGUACAAGUAAGUGAUAUUUAUGCUGCUGCCAUAUAAAUUCUCUAUUCCCAUUUUAAUCUGUUCCAAGGUACGUAAUUCUUCUGUAAAACUUUGUUCUGAGCUGAAACUCAACAUACAAACUCAGGCUGCAAGAUCUGAGUCACAGUCUGAUUCUUGGGCUGAUCGGUUUGCAAUAAUGUAUGGGAGAACACAAGUAGCUUGUGGCAAAGCUGCAAUUUAACCCUCAGUUGUUACUCACAUGAGUAAAGUUAGACACAUGCACAUGAGAUCCUGGAAUUGGGGCCUUAGUACUCAUACAUAUUUGGUUACAGUGGGUUAGACAGAGUGCCUGUUACUGUCGUAUUCAAACACAGAUAAGCUUUGUCAACAUCAUAAGUCGAAGAGCUUCAAAGAGGGCCCUUAUAGCUGGGCUAAAAAAUCCAGUUUUUAAAAAUUCCCCAAUACAAAUUUGCAUUCUAGAGCAUGACAUAUUUUGAACUUUCUAAUAACUCAUACAUUUGCAAACUGACAAUUAAAAAGAAUAUUUGCAACACUGGCAUCAUUACAAAUGUUUAAACAAUUUCAGAACUAAAAGUGCACAUUUAAAAAGGGAUUUUAAACCCUAACAUCAUAUUUAUGCAAACAUUCUGAUUAAUAAAAAACAAUUUAUAACUUUCCAUAAUUUUUUUUUAGAAAAAUUAUCUCUAAACCUAUCUUUGAGCAAACCUUGCAAGUAGUGCUCUGCGCAACUGUGCUGAAUAAUUGGGUUAAAUUCCUUCUUCUCUGGGCCCAGAUAUGCAAGGUGUUGAACACAGUACUGCCAAAUCUCAUGAGUUUAUCAUGAGUCACUGUACUUUUUCUUAAAACCCCCAGGUCCUGGAGUCAUGUGAUCAUGCAAGACUCAACUU